AUGGUGAGGAAACACGUUUUCAAAAGGACUUAUUCUUUGGAUAAUCUGCAUGUUUUACAUUUCAUCGGAUUACUUCUUCUCGGUGUUGUGCUGCAAGCUGAUGCAUUGGAACGUCGCUAUAAAUUUGUGUUGAGGGAGACUCCAUACACAAGGCUUUGCACCAACAAGACUAUCUUGACAAUAAAUGGACAAUUUCCGGGGCCAACUAUAUACGCUACUAAAGGAGAAACAAUCAUUGUUGAUGUUUAUAAUCGAGCAAACGCGAACAUCACUAUUCACUGGCAUGGAGUAAAAAUGCCAAGGUAUCCAUGGUCAGAUGGACCUGAAUAUGUGACUCAGUGCCCAAUUCGACCAGGAACAAAGUUUAGCCAAAGGAUUGUGCUUUCGGACGAGGAAGGAACUUUGUGGUGGCACGCUCAUAGUGAAUGGUCACGGGCUACUGUCUACGGUGCAAUCGUUAUUUAUCCAAAGAAGAAAAAUGACUAUCCUUUCCCUAAGCCUCAUGCAGAACAACUCAUCGUUCUAGGAGAGUGGUGGAACAGUGAUGUGGAAGAGGUUCUUAGUGAAUUCAUGGCAAGUGGAGGGGAUCCAAAUAUUUCCGACUCGUUCCUUAUAAAUGGUCAGCCUGGGGAUCUAUAUCCGUGCUCAAGAUCAGAUACAUUCAAGUUGACCGUGGAUUUUGGCAAGACUUAUUUGCUCCGAAUGGUUAACGCGGUCAUGAACAACAUUAUGUUCUUUAAAAUUGCAAACCACAAUAUCACUGUAGUUGGAUCAGAUGGCAGUUAUACCAAGCAGGAUUUUGGCAAGACUUAUUUGCUCCGAAUGGUUAACGCGGUCAUGAACAACAUUAUGUUCUUUAAAAUUGCAAACCACAAUAUCACUGUAGUGGGAUCAGAUGGCAGUUAUACCAAGCCCUUCAAGAGUGAUUAUAUUACCAUCUCUCCAGGCCAAACCAUUGAUCUCUUGUUGGAAGCUAACCAAAAUCCUAGCCACUACUACAUGGCUUCAAGGGUGUAUGCCAGUGCAGGCCUUUAUGACAACACAACUACAACAGCUAUUGUUCAGUAUCGAGGAAAUUUUACUCCACCAGCAUCACCAUUACUCCCAAGUUUUCCAGAUUUCAAUGAUACAAAUGCUUCAGUUAAUUUCACUAGACAACUCAAAAGUUUAGCAAAUAAGAAAUAUCCUGUUGAUGUUCCUUUAAAUGUGACCACUAAAUUAUCCUUCACCCUUUCCAUCAAUUUAAUCCCUUGUGCCAAUGAUUCGUGUGAGGGACCUUUCAACGACCGUCUUUCAGCAAGUGUGAAUAACAUAACCUUUCAGCUACCUAGAGUCGACAUCCUUCAAGCUUAUUAUAGGCGCAUCAGAGGUGUUUAUGGAAAUGACUUUCCCAACAAUCCACCAUUUCAAUUCAAUUAUACUCAAGAUUUUGUCCCUCGAGACCUGUGGACGCCUCAAAACGGGACAGAUGUUGUAGUUCUUCGCUACAAUUCCACUGUGGAACUUGUCUUCCAGGGAACAAACACAGUUGCAGGGAUAGAUCAUCCCAUGCACUUACAUGGAUAUAGUUUUUAUGUAGUUGGGUCGGGAUUUGGAAACUUCGACAAAGACAAAGACCCAUUGAAUUAUAAUCUCGUAGACCCUCCUCUAAUGGAAACAAUUGCAGUUCCUAGAAAUGGUUGGACAGCAAUCAGAUUCAAGGCAAAUAAUCCAGGAGUAUGGUUUAUGCAUUGCCAUUUUGAGCGUCAUGUAAGUUGGGGAAUGGGAAUGGUAUUCAUUGUUAGAAAUGGCAAGAGCCGAGAUGCUAAAAUACUGCCUCCACCUCCAGACAUGCCAAGGUGUUAA